UAGGGGAAUAAUAAUCUGCGUAAAAAGUCUAUACGGUUUAAAUGAAACUCACGAUCGGGGAUUGAGUCUGCACGUUUUUAUUGCCCUGGCGUUCGCAUUCAUCAAAUCGACAUGAAGAGGAAAAGUAUAAUCGCCAUGGGGGGACCGCUGCAACAAUUUCGUGACUUUGUCUACAACAACAACCGCCAGGUGAGGAAAGCCAAAACACGCCGAAACGCAGAGCCAUCCGCCAGCAAGAAAAUGGUUUACGUGGAAGUGAACGCGGAAGACUCGACGACCACGUUCUUCGUGGCCGAGGACACAGGUGAUCAUUUGCAUAGAUUGAGCGCGAAGGAAAUUAAAACUGCCAAACAGGUGAUUGAAGAGACCUUCCAACCGAGUCACUCCAUUGAUGGACACGCUGGCACCAUUGUCAACUCUGGAGGUUAUCGCAUAGAUUUGCAAGGUUACGUAAAUAAUUGCGGGACGAAAUGGGCCAAUGUUCAACUUCAAUACGGCGUGAGGCGACCUGGAUCGUCCAAUACUUUUGCCCAGUUUAGAGCAUCGAGUCGCUGUUUGGCUCCGAAUAUUCCCUGCCACUCCCGACAAACUGAAAGGAGCCCCGAUUCGUGAUGAUUUUGUCAAAACGUGAAUCUAUACAGCAUACAAUGAAUCUGGACUCUAGUCGUCCUCAAUUAUUAUGAGGUAAUCCUUAUCACCUAGUCGCAACCUUUUGGCAUUCACACAAAGCACAGUCAACGAUCUCCAGAAUAAUCAGUAUUGCAUGCAUUAUCUUGUAAAUAUUCUCUCUUGAAAUUGUGAAAGGGGCAGUUCUUGUGAAUACAUUCUUUGCGAAACUA